AACUAAUUAUCAGUACUUCUUUUUCCAUUGCUUUCAAGCAACAGCUAGCUAUGGCUGGUGAUGAAGAAGCAUUCUGUGAGAACUAUCUUUUGCUUAAACCCGAAGAAGCCAGUUUCUUCGAUUUCCUUCGAAUCUUAUUUUCGAGUAAUUUAGAGAGUAAGGAAUUUUGCAAUACUGGCGGACAAGGUGGAGUUAUUACCGAUUUUCGCCAUAGAUCGAUUGUUUUCGUGUCGGUCUUGCUACAGAAAAUACUAUUUUUAUUCACGAAGCCUUUGGCGGCAGUGGGGAAUCUGGUGGAGCUCUUGCUGAAUUAUCCGUCGGCAAACGGCGGCUUCUUUCGCCUGCUCAUCAAUCUUGUCACAGGGAAGCUGGUGAGACCAGACAGAACAUCGGUGAAAUUCACGUCAUUUGUUGGAAGUAUAGACAAGAGAAUUGAAUUGGACAAAAGCAUUACACGUGGCAGCACCAAGUAUAGUGCAUCCCUUGCUAUUAUGGCUUCCAAAUUAUCCUAUGAGAAUCAAUCAUUUAUUCAAAAUGUUGUUACAAAUUAUUGGAAGAUGCAAUUCCUUGACUUCUACAACUUCUGGAACGGUAAGCAGUGGCGGAGCCAGCAUAGGAAACAAUUGAAAAUAGUUUCAUACUGCAUAUUUGCAGAUCACCUGAAAAUAAACACGAUUGCGAUUAUGAUCCAAGACAAAACCGCGGAACCCAACCUAAUCGUAGUAGCAUUCCGAGGAACAGAGCCGUUCGACGCCGGCGCAUGGCGAGCUGACGUGGACAUUUCGUGGUACGAGUUUGAUGGCAUCGGAAAAAUCCACGGCGGCUUCAUGAAAGCCCUUGGCCUGCAGAGCUCCACCGGCUGGCCCAAGGAACUCCCAGCCGCCACUGGCAAAACAUUCGCCUACUACGAAAUCCGGCAGAAACUGAAAACCCUAAUCAAGGAAAACUGGGAUGCGAAAUUCGUGGUGACGGGGCACAGCCUUGGUGGGGCAUUAGCAAUUCUAUUCGUCACCAUUCUGAUUUUUCACGAAGAGGAUACGCUACUUAACCAUUUGGAGGGAGUCUACACUUUCGGGCAGCCACGGGUGGGGAACGAGCAAUUCGGGGAGUGGAUGAAGGGAAAAAUGUCGAAAUACCGUGUCAACUAUUUCAGAUACGUUUAUACGAAUGACAUGGUGCCGAGGUUGCCGUACGAUGAUAAGUACUUCUUGUACAAGCACUUCGGGCCGUGUCUGUACUUCAACAGCUGCUACAAAGGCCAGGCUCUGGAGGAGGAACCAAACAAGAAUUAUUUCUCAUUGUUUUAUCUCCUACCGAAGAUCUUAAUCGCGGUUUACGAGCUGAUUAGAAGUUUCAUUAUACCUUGGACACGGGGCAGGGAUUAUAGAGAAGGUUGGUUGAUGAAAAUAUUGAGGAUAACAGGUUUAACUGUCCCGGGCUUAACCGAACAUUUGACUAUGGAUUAUGUUAAUCUCACCAGACUCGGGAAAUUUAUUUAUCCUCCAAAUAAAAAUCGCAAACAAAUCUGAUUGCAAAUCAUAUCGUACGAUGAUGCUGAACUAUUGAAAAUUAGUUCCGUAACUAUUUAGUAUCGAAUAAAUCGAGAGUUGUCGUUGUUUGAACUUUAUUAUUAUAUAUAUUUUUUUCUUUUUUUUC